AUGUCGCUAUCCCUCCCCGGGCCCUCCCAACAGGGCCUCUUCAAAGCCGGGUACCAGAGCCACGACGCCGAAGAUGGAGCCGUUAUUCGUAACAUCGAGGCUUGCCAGGCUAUCUCGGGAACUGUCCAGACCUCCCUGGGUCCCUAUGGCCGCAACAAGAUCGUCAUCAACCACCUGCAGAAGAUGAUUUUGACUUCUGAUGCUGCUACGAUUCUUCGCGAGUUGGAUGUUGUGCACCCCGCUGCUAAGCUGCUGGUUAUGGCUAGUCAGCAGCAGGAUGCUGAGAUGGGUGAUGGCACUAACUUGGUUAUUGUCUUGGCUGGAGAGUUGUUGAAGAAGGCGGAGGAGCUGAUUCGUUUGGGAUUGAAGACGAGUGAUAUUGUUUCUGGCUAUGAGAAGGCUCAGAACUUUGCUUUGAAGGUUCUUGAAGAUCUCGAGGUCGAUCGUCUGAAGGAGAUGCGUUCAAUCCCAGAGCUUAGCAAGGCUCUUCGCACAGUCGUCGCCAGCAAGCAGUCUGGUACGGAGGAUACCCUGGCCGCUCUGGUCGCUGAGGCAGUGCUCGCCGUGUUGCCCAAGAACCCUCUCAACUUCAACGUGGAUAACGUGCGUGUCGUGAAGAUCAUGGGUGGUAGCUUGGAACAGUCCAAGGUUGUCAAGGGUAUGGUCUUUGGCCGUGAGCCCGAUGGAAUUGUCAAGCAGGCCCGCAAGGCCAAGGUCGGCGUGUUCAGCUGCCCCAUCGACAUCUCCCAGACCGAGACCAAGGGCACCGUUCUCCUGAAGAAUGCCCAGGAGAUUCUCGACUUCACCAAGGGCGAGGAGGACCGCCUCGAGACCGCCAUCAAGGAGCUGUACGACUCCGGUCUGCGUGUGGUUGUUGCCGGUUCCACCGUCGGCGACCUGGCCAUGCACUACCUCAACCGCUUCAACAUCCUCGUGAUCAAGAUUCUCUCCAAGUUCGAGCUCCGCCGUCUGUGCCGCGUCGUCGGUGCCACCCCCCUCGCCCGCCUGGGCGCCCCCAUGCCCGACGAGAUGGGCCAGAUCGACGUGGUCGAGACAACCGAGAUUGGCGGUGACCGUGUCACCGUUUUCCGUCAAGAAGAUGCCAACGCCGUGACCCGCACAGCCACGAUCGUGCUCCGCGGCGCCACCCAGAACCACCUGGAUGACAUUGAGCGCGCGAUCGACGAUGGCGUGAACGUCGUCAAGGCCAUCACCAAGGAUCCUCGUCUGGUGCCCGGCGCCGGUGCCACCGAGAUCCAGCUCGUCGAGCGUAUCUCCAACUUUGCCGACAAGACCCCCGGUCUGCCCCAGCACGCCAUCCGCAAGUACGCCGAGGCCUUCGAGGUGAUCCCCCGCACCCUGGCCGAGUCCGCCGGUCUCGACGCCACCGAGGUUCUCUCCCGCCUGUACACUGCGCACCACCGCGCCAACGCCGAUGAGGAAGAGGGCAGCUCCGAGGAGGAGGAGCCCUACUGGACCACUGGUGUGGAUCUGGAGAUUGGUGACUCCGACGGUACUCUCGAUGCCGUGGAGGAGGGUAUUCUUGACCUGAUGGCCUCCAAGAGCUGGGCCAUCCGUCUGGCUAGUGAGGCUGCGCGCACCGUGCUGAGCGUGGACCAGAUCAUCGUUGCCCGGCAAGCGGGUGGGCCGAAGCCUCCUGGUCCUAACCCUAACUGGGAUGAGGAUUAA